CGCAUGAUUUUGCUUGAACUUUCAAAUUGGAGAGAUUUCUCUAAAUUUCCAGCAAAAAAAAAUUAUUUUUACAUGGAUAACAAAAGAAGACCCACAUUUUAAUGUAGUUCCCCGCGGAACGGACGACUAUUCGAAAUUUUCGGUAACCAUGGCAAGACAGCGACUUCUCGGCUCGAUCCUUUCCAGAGGCGGAGCCCAAGUGCUGCGAAACUUCCAGUCAUUUGUCCAGGGCACUCGCUUGGAGUACGUCUCCUACAGCUCGCCGCGCAAUCAGAUGCAGGCGCCACCAAUUGUCGUGAUGCACGACCUCAAUCUGUCACUGGAAUCCUGGCGCCAGGUGGCUGUUAACCUCAGUCAGGUUGGAUUGCGCCAGGUGAUCACCGUGGAUGCUCGGAAUCAUGGCCUCAGUCCUUACAUAAGCGGGCAUUCGCCAAUGCACCUGGCCGCCGACGUGGAGGCCCUGAUGAGCCACCAGGGACUGAACAAGAUCGUUGCACUUGGACAUGGAAUGGGCGGUCGAGCAAUGAUGACACUGGCACUCACUCAGCCGCAGCUUGUGGAACGGGUCAUACUGGUGGACAUCACACCGGCACCGGUGCCCAGUAACUUCUAUCUCACCCGGCAAGUGUUCGAGAUGAUGCUCCAGGUGGCGCCCAGUAUUCCCCCAAAUCUAUCACUUUCCGAGGGGCGCACGUUCAUCCUGCCACUGUUCCAGGAUGUGGUCCACGACGCCUCCGAGCUGCGUCGCAUUAUUUACAAUCUGCGCAAGAUGCGGGACAACACCUUCGGCUGGGCAGUUAAUCCGCAGGCGGUUCUGAGCUCCUGGGGGGAGAUGAUGAUUAAUUACGAGGCCACUUUGGGCGGACUGCGUCCCUACAUGGGCGAGGUCCUGCUCAUCGCCGGUGCCCAGUCGGAAUUCGUGACCACGACGAGUAUUGCCGUGAUGCAGAAAUAUUUCCCAAAUACAGUGGUGCAGAUACUGGAUGCUGGACACUGUGUGUACGAGGAUCAGCCGGAACAGUUUGUUGAACUGGUCGUGGAGUUCACUCAAACAUGCUUAGUAUGUUGAAGAAACACAGCUUUGGUUAACGUAUAAAGUGACUUUUAUAUAAAAUUGGCAUUGGUAUAUUGGCACUCAAUAUACUCCACCGAUUAUUGCGCUGUCAGCAGAAUGGAAACCGCAGAAAAAAGGGCUGAAUGGCAUGGCCAUUUGUAGCGUUGCGGGCUGUUGCCAAAAUCGAUGGGAAAUCAACGUGGCAGGCAAUCGAACCGAUACCGAGUACCCCACACAGGUGCUCCAAGUGGAAGCCAGGGAGUUUGGCACACAAAGGCCAAUCCCUCAACCCGACAAUUUGCCAAUAAAGCAGCUGAAGGCGAAGGUGAGGCGAAAUGCGCCACAAUGCGAUACAAUUUA